AUGACCGAAGCGGAAAACUUCGAGGACGAUCUUUUCGCCGACCUCUACGAAGAUACUGACGCAAAGCCUACCGCGCCGGUCGCAAGUGCGGUCCAAAAUACCGACACCAAAACUCAUGACCAGCUCGAACCGGCUGCUGCCCCUGCCCCUGCUGUUGAUGAAGACAAUACCGGCUACGAUGCGAUGAACCAAGAUGCAGACGACGAUGAAGACGAUGUUGACUUUAACCUUGGAGGAGGAAACGCUUCAAGCAGCACACAUGUGAUGCCGCAAAAUGAUAUGCCAACAACUCCUCCAUACGGGACCGUUCAUAAAGCCAGUGCCAAGGAAGAUGGGUGA